CCUCUCCUCUUCUCUCGCUCCCACUUCUCCCCCUAUAUCUCCGUUUCCUUCCUUUCCGUUCCGUUUACUUCCCGUCCCGUUCCGUUACGUCCCGUUACCAGCGGCGAUGCGGCAAAAGCUCGUCCCUGACCUCUCGCCGGAUCCCGAGAAGCAAGACCUCAUCCUCCUCUCCACCGCCAUCUCUAAUGGCGACGAUCUCGCCCCCUUCGUCCGCCGCGCCUUCGCCGCCGGCCGCCCUGACACCCUCCUCCACUCCCUCCGCACCUUCUCCCGCUCCAAAGACUCCGAGAUCCAGGACCUUUGCCGCUCUCACUUCCACGACUUCAUCGCCGCCGUCGACAAUCUCCGCUCCCUUCUCUCCGCCGUCGACUCCCUCAAGACCUCCAUCUCUGACUCCGAUCACGUCCUUCAAUCCGUUGCUGGUCCUUUGCUUUCCUCUCUUGAUGCAUACAUCGAAGCUCGCCGCAUCUCGUCGAACCUCUCCGCCGCCCUUUCUUCUACUCGUCUCUGCAUCCGCGCUCUCUCUCUUUGCUCUAAAGCCAACUCCCAUCUCUCCUCUGGCAACCUCUACCCUGCUCUCCGCGCCAUCGACGAGCUCGAGCGCGAUCUUCUCCAUCUGAUCCCCUCCUCGACGCUCCAACGCAUGCUGCAUCGCCGGAUCCCGGCGAUCCGUGCCUACGCUGAGCGUGCCGCCACUCGUGCCUUCUCUGAUUGGAUGGUCCAGAUCCGCGUCGCCGCUCGCGGUCUCGGCCAGCUCGCCAUCGGUCGCGCCUCUGCCGCGCGCCAACGCGACGAGGAUCUCCGCGCCAAGCAACGCCUUGCUGAGGAGCAAUCCCGCUCCGCUUUGGUUCGUUCCUCCUGCUCCUACACUCUCCUCCCCGAUGACGACGACGAUCUCUCCUCGUCAUCCGAGGUCGUCGUCGAUCUCACGCCUCUCUACCGCGCUUUCCACAUCCACCAAACCCUCCGCCUCGGCGAUCGAUUCAAGAAGUAUUACUUCGAGAACCGCAAGCUCCAGCUCACCUCGGACUUCCAGGUCUCGUCGAUGACUCCCUUCCUCGAAUCCCACCAGACGUUCUUCGCCCAGAUCGCGGGCUUCUUCAUCGUUGAAGACAAGAUCCUCCGCACCAGCGGAGGCCUAGUCUCCCGCGCCGACGUCGAUGCUCUCUGGGAGACCGCCGUCGCCAAGAUGGUCUCCGUUCUCGAGGACCAGUUCUCUCGAAUGCAAACCGCCAAUCAUUUGCUUCUCAUCAAGGACUAUGUCAGUCUUCUCGGUGUCACUCUCCGGCGAUACCACUACAUCGUCGACCCCCUUCUCGAGGUCCUCGCCAAACACCGCGACAAGUACCACGAACUCCUUCUCUCAGACUGCCGCAAGCUCAUCGCUGAAGCCAUAGCCGCAGAUAAAUUCGAGCCUAUGCUCAUGAAGAAGGAGUACGAGUAUUCCAUGAAUGUCCUAUCUUUCCAGAUCCAAACUUCAGACAUUGUCCCGGCGUUCCCUUACGUCGCUCCAUUCUCCUCCACCGUGCCUGAUUGCUGCCGCAUCGUGAGGUCUUUCAUCGAGGACUCAGUGAGCUUCAUGUCUCACGGUGGGCAGCUGGAUUUCUAUGCUCUUGUGAAGAAGUAUCUUGACCGUCUUCUCGGGGAUGUCUUGGAUGGUGCAUUGUUGAAGCUUGUUGUGUCGUCUUCACUCGGCGUCUCACAGGCAAUGCAGGUGGCUGCAAAUAUGGCCGUUAUGGAGCGUGCUUGUGACUUCUUUUUCCGGCAUGCUGCUCAGCUCUCGGGCAUCCCUUUGAGGAUUGCCGAGAGGGGCAGGAGGGAGUUUCCACUCAAGAAGUCUCGUGAUGCUGUGGAAGGGCUCUUGCUGACUCUUCUUCGAGGCAAGAUUGACGAAUUUAUGCUUAAUUCGGAUACUAUUGCCUGGAUGGCUGAUGAGCCGCCACUCAGUGGAAAUGAGUAUGCCAAUGAGCUGAUCAUAUACUUAGAGACAUUGGUUUCAACUGCGCAGCAAAUUCUGCCUGUGCAGGUGCUUAGAAGGGUUUUGCAGGGAGUCCUUGCUCACAUCUCUGAGAAGAUUGUGGGGCUUUUGCUUAGUGAUUCAGUUAAGAGAUUCAAUGGCAAUGCUGUUACUGGCAUGGAUGCUGAUCUUAGAUUGUUUGAGUCCUUUGCCGAAAGCCAAGCUUAUUUGUUUGCUGAUUCUGAAGAUAUGGGAGGGAAUGACUUGAAGCAGGCUUUGACAGAAGCAAGGCAGUUGGUGAAUUUGUUAAUGAGCAAUAACCCGGAGAAUUUCAUGAAUCCGGUUAUUCGUGAGAAGAAUUAUAACAAGUUGGAUUAUAAGAAAGUAGUGACAAUAUCAGAGAAAUUUAGGGACUCUUCAGAUCGGCUCUUUGGGACUUUUGGCACUAGAGGUGCGAGGCAAAACCCAAAGAAGAAAUCAUUGGAUGCAUUGAUAAAGAGACUCAGGGAUGUGAGCUGAGCUGAGCUGGUUGCUUCAAUUUAUGUAAGAGAUAUCAUAUCCCUUUUCUUUUUUGUUUGUUGUGAUGUUCUUGUUGUUUACAUUGUGUUUUAAUUUAUUUUUUAGUUAGAGUGGUAACAAUACUUCCUCACUUCCAUUCAUUCCUUUGUUGUGGGUUAUAUUCUAUUGAUCAUAUAUUUUGUGUUCUGUA